CGGGUAAUGUGCAGUUGUCCGAGUAGUCUUUACCACUACGCCGCAAUAGAUUAAGUUAAACCUUUUGUGGAUAGGAUAGCGAGAAUGUUAGCACAAUUUGUCACGAUAUGUCUAGUAACGUUGACUGUAGGCAGUCCGAUCCCGAUCAACUCGACCAUAGCUAACAUCGAAAAUUACUUUGGAAACCUUGCCGAAUCACUUAUUUCGCGAGGCGAGGUGAACACUACGGAAAAGUUUCACUCAGCUGAUGGUCACACCCAAGUCGCAAUUGAACCAGCGCAAACUGCCACCCUACAGGAGAUUCUGUUUCAUCCAACCAAUCAUCGCCUGAUCGCAGAAAAUAAGACCAAACUGUUCAGCAAUGCCACCGAAGAAGUGGAUUUGAUCAAGGUAGACCUGGUAACAGAAUCUACUGCCACAGAACACCAUGAACCCGAUGAAACAACAAAAGCAACAAUCACAACCAAAGUUCCAGAAUAUACCAAACUUCAUAUUCUAACAGCCAUACCAACGACGAUCGUAGAUAGUACAACCGUAUCUAGCACCUUUCCAGAUUCGUCGACAGAAGUGAUUAGUGGAACGACAAACAUCGACAGUACGAAAGUUGGCAAAAACGAAACGACCCUCGUUGAAAUCGUCACACCGGAGAAUGACGUUUCGGGGGGAUAUGUGACUUCUACGACGAUUGCGACAUCGAGCACAACGGAACCAGAGUCAGAGUCCAGUGAGAUCCGCGAUAAAAUCAAGGAAGUGCAAGCUGAUCCAGUUAUUCUGACCGUUGGGGUUUGAAUAGUAUCGUAUAAUUAUCAGAUUUCUUUAAAGCUCAGGAAAUAUGAAGAGCGUCAUUGUGGAUAACUAUUGAUUGCCAUGAAAACCAAACAAAUAAAAAUAUUAUCCUUUCGGCUUAUGUAAAACAUAUGAUUAAGUA